CAUUAUUAUGUGAUAUUACGUUACAACUAACAAUAACACAGAAAUUAUGUAUUUUGGGACACAUUUUAAAUAAUAACCUUUGCAUUACGGAACCGUUAUACAAACUUUUUGAUUUCCUUUUCGUCGUUAAUUCUGUAGAGUUUGUUGUAAUCAUGGAUGCAUGUUCUUCUGCGGUUGCCGUUUACCAGCAAACCAUUGAGAAUCAUGCACCGGUCUUGUUCUUCCUACAAUCUGAGCGUGAUGAGGAUGAGCGGUCGGGUGAGGUCCAACUAGUUCGUAUCAUUGUUACUGAAAGCGAACAGCUGCUCCAUUUCGUCCUUCCCUCUGGCCACGCAUGGACGGUCUCCCAGUCUGGAUCUCACCCUUCGGCGCCUUACCAGCCCGGAAUUUGUGCACCCCCUCCACCGUUGUACACUCCUCCGUCUUCUUUUGAUCCGGUGCUGUAUCGCAAUUUUGGAAUCAUGCGGAAGAUCAGUAGGAUGUUCUUAACCAUCUGUCAGCAGCUGCGUCGGGGACUGGUACCUGGUCUGGAUUAUGAAGGGCCCGGAACGCAGUGGGAUGAUUUUAUGCUGGAUGAUGAAGGGGUGUUGGCUCCUAAGCCAGAUCGUCUCCGUCGGAAUGCGUUGUCGCUUUUCCCUGAACGUAACGCACGGAAGUUUAUUGCAGUUGUCAAAGUCUUAGCACGUAUUUACAUGCUGCUGAAGGAGAACCUUACCGCUACCUUGAGGGCGUUGUUUUACGAAGAUGUCCCGUUUUUCAUCGAGCAGGAAGCCGUCAACUGCGCCGUGAAUAUUAUCACCCUCAUGCUGCGUGUUCCACGCUAUCAUCUGAACAUUGUGGCGUCGGAAAAGGCGCUGGUCGCCGGUCACCUGUCGUUUCGCGACAACAAUGUCAUUUUUGACUGCAUGCACACGUAUAGCGGCAUCUCCAUUCCCACUUCAGUGGACAAUGUAGAAAUCCUGCAGUCGGACGCCCAAGUUAUUUUUAUUAUAGAAAAAGAUGCCACCUUUCAGCAACUCAUAGCCGAAGGGAUUUGUGGCCCCGAGUUUCCGCUGCCAUGUAUCGUUAUGACUGGAAAAGGUUAUCCUGAUUACAGUAUUAGAUUAUUCCUGCGCAAAUUGUGGAUACAGCUUCAGAUUCCCAUUUUCCUUAUAACGGAUAGCGAUCCACAUGGAAUGGACAUCAUGUGCGUUUAUCGGCUCCCCAUUUUGAUAAUUUGAUUAUGGCUGUUCCUACGGUGAGGUGGCUGGGUCUUCUCCCGUCAGACUGGGAGCGUUUUGGCGUUGAUGUUCAGAGCCUUCCGCCGUUGAUAGACGAUGAUCGCAAAUUAUUGUUAGAUAUUUUACAACGACCUUAU